AUGGAAGUGGCUCUUAAAGUGACCGGCACAAAUGGAGGACACGAAAACGUGGUCACUUUGGAUGAGAACGACGGCGACUUGUCGCCGUCAUACUUUGAGGAUGAGCUUGAAAAUGAGAAUAUUGACUACUUGGAAGGGAUAACCGCCGAGAUGUUCGCAGACGAUUUAGACUUCUCAGAGAAGCUGGUACAGGAUGAACCCGAAGUGGAACCCAUGCCCGACGCAGCCUACGGGCUCUUAGGCUGCAGUAAGCAUCUGCUGCAACCUUGCGGCCGUGUGGACGACCUACCGGAGGAAGUGCUGUGGCAGGUCCUCAGCCUCAUUCCCGCUCGAGACAUGUACAGGAGUGCCGUACUAGUGUGCCGCCGCUGGCGCAACGUGAUUGAAGACACCAACUUUAUGCCCUACAAGAAAAAGUACUUUCGCUACAUGAUGCGGGAAGAAGCUACAACGGCGGAGGUCACGUCCUUGUUGAACCAGAUGAGCGACACCAAUCCAAUAAUGACACACAACCUGGUCAUCAUGAUGGCAAACCACCAGUUUGGCAAGAGGGUGAAUCCGGAGAAGGUUCUGGAGCGUGUGAAGAAGCAUCGUUUUUACCCUCAAGCGGAGGCGUCCCUCCAAUUACACAUUCGGAAUGUCCCGAAAUGCCCGAAUCUUCAAAUUGAGAAUGGCCCAAACCCGUUUGCCGCCAUGGCGGUGAUACUGCUCCUCAGCGAGAGUGUUGACGACAUCCUAGCGUUGGUGGAUCUGUUGAACGGCACUAUGUCGAGUGGGGCCGUCACAGAGUACCUCAGCCACGCGGCCAUGUUGUUGCUCGCCGCCAGGCGGAACAAAACUACACUAAUGCCAAAUGAACGCCGAGUACAGGAAAACGACUCUUUCGUUAGCGAAAGGUUGCAUUACAACGUCUACUAUGUGCUUCACUUGAGGGAGAACGGCCCGUUUUCUGUUUGCUCCUCGGAAGAUAGCAAUUCGCGCUUGCAAAUGACCGGCGAACAGCAGCAGAUCCUCAGCCACGACAUUCAGAAAGACCACGUGAUGAAGAUUGUCGCUUUUGCAGGUAUGCUGUCCAAAAUGUGCAUUGCAGGCACGGGAAAGACAACCACACUAAUCAAGUACGCCGAGCAGCGACCGCAUCUCCGCUUUUUGUACGUCGCCUUCAACAAGUCAGUGGCGAAGGAGGCCUCGCAACGUUUCCCGUCCAACGUAGACUGCAAGACCAUCAACUCGCUGGCCUACAGAGACAUCGGAAGAAGGUACCAAAAGAAGCUGGCGUUUAAUUUGAACACAUUUUCCCUCAAUGCGGUUCUACCCAAAGGCCGAGGUGGGUUCCUCAAGGCUAAAAUAGUGCUCCAGACGCUCCAAAACUUCUUGUCGUCAGUCGAUCCCGCCAUCGGUCUGAAACACGUGCCGAGUGUUCAAGUACGUCUUCGAGGGUCUGUGAAUUACAUCAACGAAAGCGAAAAAGCAUUGUACUUGGAAGAUGCCGAAACAAUUUGGAUGAAAAUGAAGGACCCCAAAGUAACAAACGUUAACGGCUACUUCAUGACUCACGAUGGAUAUGUUAAAUUAUGGCAGCUCCAAAACCCAAAAGUCUGCCUCUCCGACCAAUACGACAUCAUUUUCCUGGAUGAAGCCCAAGACUGCACUCCGACUAUCAUGGACGUUCUGUUGCAUCAAAAAUGCGGCAAAAUUCUGGUUGGAGAUCCGCAUCAGCAGAUUUACACCUUCAGAGGAGCCAUUAAUGCGUUGCAAACAGUGGAGCACACGCAUAUAUACUACCUCACACAGAGUUUCCGCUUCGGCUCAGAGAUCGCGUUUGUGGGCGCUAGCAUCCUCACUAUGUGCAAGAAUGUGGAAAAAAUUUUAGUCGGGGGAAGACAGAAAGGCGGCGUACUGGAUGAAAAGUCGGCCCAAGCCCAACAGGAAAUAAUUGAAGGCAAAAGUCUCAGCAAGGGAUCCACCGCCAUCUUGUUCAGGAGUAAUUUAGGCGUGUUCAGCGAAGCCGUGCGCCUGAUCAAGGCCAACAACAAGUGCAACAUCCACUUCGUGGGCGGUGUGGACAAGUUGGGUUUGAGCAAGAUCAUGGACAUUUGGUACCUAAAGCAAGGCAACUACAAACGGAUCAAGGACCGGCAAAUUGUUUUUUUUGCCAGAUCUCCAGAAAGCAACUACUUAAAGCUGAAGACCUACGCUGAUAUAACCGAGGACCGCGACUUGGAGGCUAAGCUCUGCUUUGUGGAAAAAUACGAUGCUCUCGUUCCGAUGUUGGUGAAUCUUAUUAAGAAGCACUCGGAGGAAAACAUGAAAAAUGCAGGCACGUCAUUUUGGACGUUAAUUCAUCCCCUGACUCACUUCAUACUUGGUACGGUCCACAAAGCAAAAGGCCUUGAAUUUAAAAAUGUGGCAGUCGGUGAAGACUUUGUCAAGGUUUCAAAACCAAGACACCAAGUCACGUCGGUUGACUUCGUUGCCAGAAGUAGAGUCCCCUCCGAUGAAUGGAACCUGCUCUACGUAGCGGUGACUCGUGCUAAAAGAGCACUGGUCAUCACAAGAGACAUCCGCUGCAUCAUAACUUGGACUGGCGAAUACUUCUUGAAGUCAGUCCCGCCUUUGACAGGAGGUUUUUCGGCAAUAUGCAGCACUUCCUACUGUCCCAACUGUGUGACGCCGGGUGCUGCCUUCAUGAUGUGCAAGAGACUAAUCAAAUAUAGAACCGGCGUGUCUUACGGAGGCCCUCUGUGCGAGAAAUGCGUGUUGACUCGCGUGGGUUCGGUGGCCUAUCUCAUGACGGAGGGGAUUCUAUCCAUGGCUUGA